AUGAAUCAACACGUCCAGUUUAAAUAUAAAGAAAGUCUUCGUUAUAAAGAAAAUCUUCGUCAAAAUUCAGUUUGGAAAUUGCGUCGAUGUGUCGCUUUAUUUCUUCAUUUAAUCGAUAACUCAUCCAUAUCAGAUUUUCUCCAAUAUGAUAAACAUUUUCGACAUGCCGAUAAAUAUUUAUUAGCAAUGACAUUGAUCUAUUUUUGGCGAGCAAAGCUACGUGAAAAUUAUUAUACAAAGGAUUCGUUUUAUUUAGCAUUGUGGUUAGCUCAUGAUUCCGUUGAAGAAGAUCUUACAGCUAAAUAUGGCCUAUUACCAUGGGCACUUCAAACCAACGACGGUCGUCCAUCUGUUGAUCUCAAAAAUGACUUCAAACGAUUUCUCACCAAGAAAAACGAUCUCUGGACUCGCUUAGGUUUUCGAGCUCGAGUUUCCAAAGAUGAAUGUGAUGAAGUCAUGCUUGUUCAACCAAACCAUUGGAUUUGGCAACGAGAACGAUCAUACGAUUACAACAAAACGAUGGCGGCAUUAAGUCGACGAGAAAAACAUGGUAUUGCAACAAAUGACGAGAGUUGUUCGUCAACAUCUUCCACUUCAACAUCGCCAAUUGAUGAUACAAAUUCGUUGAACGGACAAUCUGUACCGGAUGAUGCUCGUAUGGAUGAGAAUCAUUGUUUCAAUUUAUAA